AUGAGCUGUGCUUUAUCGGGGAAAAAAGUACUGUCUCCUGACCCUAGCAAAGAGACUUGGGAACAGGUGAAAUCAUCAAUUGGUGAACCUGAGAGUAUAGAUUGGUAUAAUCCUCAAGGGGAGAAGAUAAUUUCAACACAGAGGGUAGCAGUGCAAAAGGAAGGUGUUAGAUCACGAUUAACCAUCUACAACGCAAAUAUAGAGGAUGCAGGGAUAUAUCGUUGUCAAGCAACAGAUGCCAAAGGACAGACACAAGAAGCUACAGUUGUAUUGGAAAUUUACCAAAAACUCACUUUCAGAGAAGUGGUAUCUCCUCAAGAAUUCAAACAAGGGGAGGAUGCAGAAGUGGUUUGCCGAGUUAGCAGCUCACCUGCCCCUGCUGUCAGCUGGUUGUAUCAUAAUGAGGAAGUCACCGCUAUUUCCGACAAUCGCUUUGCUAUGCUAGCCAACAAUAAUCUGCAGAUUCUCAACAUCAAUAAAAGUGAUGAAGGUAUAUACAGGUGUGAAGGAAGAGUGGAAGCUAGGGGAGAAAUUGACUUCCGUGAUAUCAUCGUUAUUGUUAAUGUGCCGCCAGCGAUCACAAUGCCUCAGAAAUCCUUUAAUGCCACAGCAGAGAGAGGAGAAGAGAUGACAUUAUCCUGCAGGGCCUCUGGCUUUCCCGAACCCUCUAUCUCCUGGUACAGGAAUGGCAAGUUCAUUGAAGAAAAUGAAAAAUACAUAUUAAAAGGAAGCAAUACAGAACUCACUGUCAGGAACAUAAUUAAUAGUGAUGGGGGUCCUUAUAUCUGCAGGGCCACAAAUAAAGCAGGAGAAGAUGAAAAACAGGCAUUCCUCCAGGUCUUUGUACAGCCUCACAUAAUACAGCUUAAAAAUGAGACUACACAUGAGAACGGUGAAGUCACGCUUACAUGUGAAGCAGAAGGGGAGCCUAUUCCAGAAAUCACUUGGAAAAGAGCCGUAGAUGGCAUCACGUUUUCUGAAGGCGAUAAGAGCCCAGACGGCCGUAUCGAAGUCAAAGGGCAGCAUGGAAGCUCAUCACUGCACAUUAAAGAUGUGAAGUUGUCAGAUUCAGGGAGAUAUGACUGUGAAGCCGCAAGUAGGAUUGGAGGGCACCAAAAGAGCAUGUACCUUGAUAUUGAAUAUGCUCCCAAGUUUAUAUCAAACCAAACAAUUUAUUACUCUUGGGAAGGAAACCCGAUCAAUAUAAGCUGUGAUGUGAAAUCUAAUCCACCAGCAUCAGUCCUUUGGAGAAGAGAGAAAUUAGUCUUGCCAGCUAAAAACACCACUAAUUUAAAGACAUAUAGUGCAGGGAGAAAGAUGAUAUUAGAGAUUGCACCUACAUCUGACAAUGACUUUGGACGAUAUAAUUGCACAGCCACUAACCGUAUAGGAACAAGAUUUCAAGAAUAUAUUCUUGCUUUGGCUGAUGUGCCAUCCAGUCCCUAUGGAGUGAAGAUUAUAGAGCUGUCACAGACCACAGCCAAGGUUUCUUUCAACAAGCCGGACUCCCAUGGAGGUGUGCCCAUUCAUCACUAUCAGGUGGAUGUCAAAGAAGUGGCAUCAGAAACCUGGAAAAUAGUACGCUCCCAUGGAGUUCAAACAAUGGUUGUUUUGAGCAACCUGGAACCAAAUACAACUUAUGAAGUCAGGGUUGCAGCAGUAAAUGGAAAAGGGCAAGGAGACUACAGUAAAGUAGAAAUCUUCCAGACAUUACCAGUUCGUGAACCAAGUCCUCCAUCCAUACAUGGGCAGCCAAGCAGUGGGAAGAGCUUUAAACUCAGUAUCACCAAACAAGAUGAUGGAGGGGCUCCUAUUUUGGAAUACAUUGUAAAAUAUAGAAGUAAAGAUAAAGAAGAUCAGUGGCUAGAGAAAAAGGUUCAGGGAAAUAAAGACCACAUUAUUUUGGAGCAUCUACAGUGGACAAUGGGGUAUGAAGUUCAAAUUACAGCCGCCAACAGAUUGGGAUAUUCAGAACCGACAGUCUAUGAGUUCAGCAUGCCACCAAAGCCCAACAUUAUUAAAGAUACACUUUUUAAUGGUCUUGGGCUUGGAGCAGUCAUUGGCCUGGGAGUUGCGGCACUCUUGCUAAUCCUGGUGGUAACAGACGUCAGCUGUUUCUUCAUCCGACAAUGCGGGUUAUUGAUGUGCAUCACGAGGAGAAUGUGCGGGAAGAAAAGUGGCUCCAGUGGGAAGAGUAAAGAACUCGAAGAAGGAAAAGCAGCAUACCUGAAAGAUGGAUCAAAAGAACCAAUAGUGGAGAUGAGAACAGAGGAUGAAAGAAUUACUAACCAUGAGGAUGGGAGCCCAGUAAAUGAGCCAAAUGAAACCACACCAUUAACAGAACCUGAGUAUGUAGCUUCAAAUGCUUAUCUAUUUUCUUCCAGAAAAUUGCCUUUGAAAGAAGAAAAUGGAAAAGAAGUCUUAAAUCCAGAAACUAUAGAAAUUAAGGUUUCUAACGACAUCAUCCAAUCAAAAGAAGAUGACAGUAAAGCAUAACACCGAGAUUACAGAGGCUUAAACAACACUACAAAGAGCAUUUGGAUUGCAGUGACCCUAUGACCAAAACUAUUCCAUUGACCUUAAUUUCUUGGGAAACUUCUAGCUUGGAAUAGCUUGUACACAUAUACAUAUGAUGAAAUAUUCCUGCCCAUGGUCCAUUACCUUUUGUUGUUGUCGUUGUUAUUGUUGUUGUUUAUUUUUUUAUGAAUUUCAAUAUAGAGACCUGACUGGCACCACCUCCUGGGUAUCAAUUUAAUUCUGUGAUUCAAGUACUGCAAUUUGUUAUACAGCUGAAGUGCUCUGUUUCUUAAGAACUAUAUAUUUCAUCCAACAACCUCUCCAACACAUAGGGGUUUAAGAAAAAAAAAAAAAAAACACGAAAGAAAACAAAAUCUUUGUGAGCUAAAUGUGUAAGAAAGCCCUGCAUGUUUUUAAUCUUAUCUUGGGCAAAUAGAUUAUUAAAGUGGAUUUCAGUUUAAGAUGAAAGCAGUUAAUAAAGGUUACACUUUUUAUCAGGAGAAUUUCAGGGAACUUGGGCUUGAAGGAGCCAGUUAUCUUUAGCAGAUAUUAAAAAUUGAGAGAAACUUUGGAAAUUUCUUUUUAAGUUAUAAUUACAGUGCUAUUUCAAUGUUCAUUUUUGAUAGACUAAAGUGCCAGAUUAAAAUUGUUACCCAUCUGAAAGAAUAUUUGUGUGUAUAAUUAGAUUAGAAGGAUUCCGUAAAUCUCUAUCUCUUUAUAUAUGCCAUAAUCACUCACUAUGGAUUACACAAAACAAUAAAUGUAUUGCAAGUG